AUGUCCGAUACAUUUAAAGGCUGGGUCGCCCACAACGCCACCGGCCCCCUAACAUACACAACCUUCACUCCCAAACCCUUCACCCCAACCGACAUCGAAGUCCGGGUGAGCCACUGCGGUAUCUGCGGCACAGAUCUUCACACUCUGCGUUCCGGCUGGGCGCCUGCCGACUACCCCUGCGUCGUGGGCCACGAAAUCAUUGGUACCGUAGUCCGCGUCGGUGCGGGGGUUGCGUCGCUCCCUUCUUCUUCUGCAUCGAGGCAGAUACGUGUUGGCGACCGCGUCGGGGUCGGCGCGCAGAGUGAUUCCUGUCUGAAGGCUGACUGUGAGGCGUGUGCGGAUGGACUAGAGAAUUACUGUCCACGUAUAGUGGGCACAUAUAAUGCGCGAUACCGUGACGCUGAUAAGAGUAAAUCGUACGGCGGGKAUGCGGACUACUGGCGGGGACCGGCGCAUUUUGUAUUCAGGAUUCCGGAUUCGUUGCCGUCGGCUGAAGCGGCGCCAUUGUUGUGUGGUGGUGUUACUGUCUUUCGGCCCUUGAAGAGAUAUCGUGCCGGCCCCGGAAGGAGUGUUGGUAUUAUCGGGGUAGGUGGAUUGGGCCAUUUGGGGAUCUUGUUUGCGAAGGCGUUGGGUUGUGAUCGCGUUGUCGCUAUUUCGAGGACGUCGAGUAAACGCAAAGAUGCAGUUGAAGGGUUAGGCGCGGAUGUUUUCAUUGCUACGGAAGAAGAGGAGAAAUGGGCAAGGACGUAUUCGCGCACGCUCGAUUUGAUUAUCUGUACAGUGGACUCGCCGAAAUUACCGUUAGCCCAGUACUUGCGUCUGCUCAAGGUUGGAGGCACGUUUGUUCAGGUCGGGGCUCCUGAGGGUCCUCUUCCGGGGUUACCGGCGUGGUCUUUGAUUCAGAAAGAGGUGCAAGUGACGGGGUCGAAUAUUGGGUCACCGGAUGAUAUAAGAGAGAUGUUGCAGUUGGCUGCUGAGAAGAGAGUAUACCCUUGGAUUCAGAAGAGGCCGAUGAGUGAUGUGAAUGCUGCGUUGGCGGAUAUGGAUGCUGGAAAGGCGCGGUAUCGGUAUGUGUUGGAGAAUGAUGUAAAGUUUGAGGCGAGACUAUAG